AUGUCAAGAGAUGGAGUUGACUUCCAAAAAGCAAUAUGGCGCCAGGCUUUGCGUGUGUUGGCUUUGCGAAAAUGGCACCUGGGCUUGAAUUGCCAUGGGAGAGACGAUCACUGCCACCAUCCCUCUCACUACGGGUUCGAAUCCUUCUACGGCAUGCCGUACACUUUAGUCGACACUUGUUGGCCCAACCCUACAAGAGACACCCAACUGGCCCUCUUUGUUCAGCACCUCAUCGCCUUGACGGUGCUGUCUUUCGUCUUGGGCAAAGUCCUGCGCGUCGUCUCCACCUCCUGGUUCUUCCUCCUCUACCUGGGGGCCCUCCUCUUCCUCCUGAGCUACUUCUGGUCUUCCAGCCACACGUCUUCGCUCUACUGGGACUGCGUCCUCAUGAGGGGCCAUGACAUCACGGAACAGCCAAUGAAGGCGGAGCGAGCUGCGUCCAUUAUGAUCGAGGAGGCGACGUCCUUCCUGGAAAGAAACCAAGAAGGACCUUUCCUCCUCCUCUUCUCCUUCCUGCACGUACACACGCCUUUGCCUACCUCCGACGCCUUCAUCGGCACCAGCAGACACGGUCUUUAUGGAGACAACGUCCAGGAAAUGGACUUUAUGGUGGGCCAGCUGCUGAAUGCCCUGGACCGCCUUUCCCUCACCAACAAAACCCUCGUCUACUUCGCGUCCGAUCAUGGAGGACACCAGGAAGCUCGAAGGGGCCACGCCCAGCAUGGGGGGUGGAAUGGAGUCUUCAAAGGUGGGAAAGCCAUCAGCGGCUGGGAAGGAGGGAUCCGAGUUCCGGGCAUCGUGCGCUGGCCUGGGCAGCUGCCCCCCGAAACCGUGGUGGACGAGCCCACCAGCCUGAUGGACAUUCUCCCGACACUGGCCAUCCUGGCGGGGGGUACAUUGCCACAGGACAGACAGAUCGAUGGCCACGACCUCAUGCCCUUGCUCCGUGGCGAGCAAAUGGUGUCAGAACACGAAUCCUUGUUCCAUUAUUGCGAGAGAGACAUCCACGCCGUCCGCUGGCGCCCCAGAAACGGUUUGGCCCUCUGGAAAGUCCACUUCGUGACCCCCAAUUUCGAGCCCCCCGGAGCGCAGGGCUGCUACGUGUCUCGCUUCUGUUCCUGUCUCCCGGGCCAAGUCACAGCCCACGACCCCCCUCUGCUCUUCGACCUCAGCCGGGACCCGUCCGAAUCCAGGCCUUUGAGCCGGGACACUGAACCCCAAUUUGAUGAGGUGAUUCGGAGGGUGUCCGAGGCCGUGAGGGAACACCGCGCUGCCCUCGUGUCCACCCCGGUUCAGCUGACGCACCGCAACAAGAUUAACCCCAGGCUGAGGCCUUGCUGUGGCGUCUUCCCCUACUGUAUGUGUGACCGAGAGGGCCUGGGGGAUACCCAGUUGCACCCCCAGGGGACAGAAGGGGGACUCCGGGGGCAUAGCAUUCCAGCCUGA